GCCAGCAAGCAACGGCCCAGAUUCGCUCUCACUGUCCUUCCAUCUUGUUUAUCUUCUUCUCGCUCUUCACUUUCAGUCUCAUUCUCCUUCUCAUUUUUCAAGAAAACCCUCUGCAAAUUUUCCACCAGAAAACUCAUAACUCUGCAAAGAUGUUGCUGGGGAAGCGUCCGCGCCCUCCGAUUAAGCGAACUACAAGCAUGACAGGGAUCACCGUUGAUGUCUCCAACAUGGACUCUUCAGAGUCCUCUGAUCAUCAUCUUCAACCUCCUCCUAACGUACUCCCUCUGGCUGUGCCACAGAACAUCAACGUCUACGAUCAACGGUUUCUUUCCAUGGUUUCUCCGAGAAACCUGCAGAUAAAUAAUAAUAAUAAUAAUGAGUUCAUGAUGGAGACUUCUCAUUUCCUUAGAGCUUGUGGCCUUUGUAAUCGCCGCCUGGCUCCCGGCCGUGACAUUUACAUGUAUAGGGGGGACACAGCUUUUUGUAGUUUAGAGUGCAGGGAAAAGAAAAUGAAGCAAGAUGAGAGAAGAGAGAAGUUGAGUGCAUCAUCAUCAUCCUCACCACCACCAGGUCCACGGGCCUCCACUGCGUCAGGUGAAAGCGAGCCAGUGGCUGCAGCUUGAAGAGAAAGGAGUAAGAGACGGUUAAUCAGCUCAAGAAUUAAGAAAUUUUAAGCUUGUUUUCCACCAUUAUUGGCGCUCCACUUGCUAAUGGUAUUUACAGGAGACUCUUGGGAUUGGCUGAUGGUGUAAAAUUAUUGUGUAAAAAAAGAAAAAAUAAAUUAUGUAUGGAAGAUGAAUAGUGGGUGGUUGAUUUUGAAAGCUAGACAUGUGUAAGAAGAGCAGUGGAAAUGGAAAUGAGUGAAAUUAUAAUCUGAAAUUAAUCUUGAAAUUUUACCCAUGGCUA